AAAAUUCCAAAGAAAAAGUAUCAACUUCCGGUCUGUGUUUUCUGCUUUUGAUGCUGCUAACUCAGGUUGCAGACCAGACAAUAAUUUGUCACGCAGAUAAAAUUAAGACACACCGGAGACUCGGAACACUUCACUAAACAUUUAGAAACUUUUUUUUAUCUGUUAGAAGUUGGGUGACAAAAUGGGACGCAUCUUUCUGGAUCACAUUGGUGGAAGUCGCCUCUUUUCCUGCGGCACCUGUGACACCGUCCUGACCAACCGGGCUGAACUCAUCUCGACGCGCUUCACCGGAGCCACCGGCAGAGCGUUUCUGUUUAACAAGGUUGUAAAUCUGCAGCACAGCGAAAUCCAAGACAGAGUCAUGCUCACAGGGAGGCACAUGGUGCGGGACGUCAGCUGCAAGAACUGCAACAGCAAGCUGGGCUGGAUGUACGAGUUUGCCACAGAGGAAAGCCAGCGCUACAAAGAGGGCCGAGUCAUUCUGGAGCGGGCGCUGGUGAAGGAGAGCGAAGGCUUCGAGAACGUUCACUCUGACAGCUCCUGACUGCUUUCACUUCUUCAGUGUUCCUUUCAUGAGUAGAGCCACACCAGAGAUGUGUUACUGGCUGAAGUUCAAACCGGGAGCUGACUACUACUGAUGCUUUUCUGUUGCUUUGAAAACACCUGCAGUUUCAGUAUGUGCCCAGCAGGUGGUGCUGUCGUUCCGGUUUGCUCGGGUUUGCUGUUCAGAGAUCAGAAAGUGUCUAAACAGAUUCAGGUGUUUGAUUUGACAAAGUAAUAUCUAAUUACUUGAAGAUGAAUAUCAUAGUAUUACACUACAAAAAUAUUUAGUAAAAUUCUUCGUUGGGGUUUUUUCCUUAAACGCUUCAGCGCUUUUUAUUUUAGUGUGCCAAAUACUUUCAACAUGUCAGAAUUAUAUUAUGUUAUUUCAUUUCCAAGCAGUAUUUUGGGGCUUUAAAGAAUUUAUUUACUUUAUAUUUAUUUAUAAUAAAGGUUCAUAAAACAAA